AUGGGAAUAGCCGUUCUAGAAUGGUUACAUCGAAGAAUUAAGGAACCUGUUGCAGGAAAAGUUCUCAUGACAACAGUGCUCUGGGACUUGAAUCUUUAUUUCAAAAAAUCCUUUAUGUGCUCCUACACCAAGGAUGCUUUUUCUGUGAAAGUCUGGAGACGCUGCAGAGAGAGAGAAGAACUGCCAACUCUGUCCCAGGAGGAGCUGGAUCAGAUCCUGUGUCUGAACAACUAUUUCAUUUACAACACCAUCUGGGCUGUGGCACAGGCCUUACAUGCAGCCUAUUUGUCCAGAUCCAAGAGGACAAAGAUGGGAGGUGAUAAGAGCUUGGAAAUUCCACGGCUGAAGGCAUGGCAGCCCCUGCCUUCUUCCAGGUGUGUGAAAAGCUGCAGUCUCGGAUUCAGAAAAAUGACUCAGGAAGAAAAGCCCAUUUGCUGUUAUGAUUGCCUUCCCUGUCCUGAAGGAACCAUCUCCACCAUGGAAGACACAGAACAAUGCAACAAAUGUCCAGCAGAUCAAUAUCCAAAUAACAACCGAGAUCACUGUAUCCCCAAGAUUAAGACUUUUCUAUCCUAUCAAGAAAAAUUGGGAAUCAUCCUGACUUCCAUUGCCUUGUUCCUCUCUUUAAUCACAUGCUUUGUCUUGGGAAUCUUCAUUAAAUUCCAAGAAACUCCCAUUGUCAAAGCCAACAAUCGAGAUCUCUCUUAUAUCCUUCUUGUUUGUCUCCUGCUUUCCUUCUUCACCUCCUUCUUGUUCAUUGGCCAGCCAAGGAGAGCAACCUGCCUUCUUCGACAAACAGCAUUCAGCAUCAUCUUCUCUGCUGCCAUUUCUUCAAUCUUGGCUAAAACAAUCACAGUGGUGAUGGCUUUCUGGGCCACAAAACCAGGGAAUCAAGUGCAGAGAUGGCUAGGAAAGAGUUUGGCCAACUCCAUCAUCCUUUCUUGCUCUGGUCUCCAAGCUGUUGUCUGCAGCAUCUGGCUUGUCACUUUCCCCCCAUUUCCUGAAUCCGACAUGUAUUCACUCUCUGGAGAAAUCAUACUACAGUGCAAUGAAGGUUCUGUCACCAUGUUUUAUGGUGCCCUUGGCUACAUGGGCUUUUUGGCUGCCAUCUGCUUCACAGUGGCUUUCCUGGCCAGGAAUCUGCCUGGGGCCUUCAAUGAAGCCAAGCUGAUUACCUUCAGCAUGCUGGUCUUCUGCAGUGUCUGGCUGUCCUUCGUGCCUACAUACUUGAGUACCAAAGGGAAGUACAUGGUGGCCGUGCAGGUCUUCUCCAUCUUGGCUUCCAGUGCAGGAAUUCUGGGCUGCAUCUUCAUGCCCAAGUGUUUCAUUAUUUUCCUAAGACCAGAUAUGAAUACAAAAGAACAUUUGAUGUCAAAAUAA